CACAAUGCAACGUAGAGGCAGAAAGUAAACAGUGGAAUCCAUGAUGGCGGCUGACAGUGAUCCCGAGUCGGAAGUGUUUGAGAUCACGGACUUCACCACCGCAUCGGAGUGGGAGAGGUUUGUAUCAAGAGUGGAGGAAGUCCUAAAUGACUGGAAACUCAUUGGGAGUGUUGCUGGAAAACCCCCAGAAAAGGGAGAUUACACGAGCGGCACAUGGGAGGAGAAGAGUCAGGAGAUCAACUUUGCCGAUUUCAAAUUCUCCAUCGCACACAAUUAUCUUAAGCAGGAGACUCCGGAAAAUGAGGGCAAAGAGGAGACGGAGGAAGAUGCAUACCCUGCGGCCAUGCAGGACCUGCUUUGCAUGAACAAUGACUUCCCUCCCAGAGCCCACUGCCUCGUCCGAUGGUACGGUAUGCGUGAGUUUGUGACCAUCUCUCCCGGGGCAAACUGCGAGGCGAUUAUCAGUGAGUCCAAGUGUAAUCUGCUCCUCAGCUCAGUAUCCAUCGCACUGGCGAACACGGGCUGCCAGGUGCCGGUGUUCGUGCAGAUCCAGCAGAAAUGGCGGCGCAUGUACACCGGUGAAUGCCAGGGCUCGGGUGUGCGCACCGACUUCGAGAUGGUCCACCUUCGCAAGGUCCCCAGCCAGUACAACCAUCUCGCCGGACUCCUGGACAUCUUCAAAUCCAAAAUUGGCUGCCCUCUGACGCCGCUGCCACCCAUUAACAUUGCCAUCCGCUUCACCUACAUCCUUCAGGACUGGCAGCAGUACUCCUGGCCACAGCAGCCCCCUGACUUCGAUGCUCUCCUUGCUGGAGAGGUGGGUGGAGUGGAGUUUGGAAAGCUGCCUUUUGGGGCCUGUGAGGAUCCAAUCAGUGAGCUCCACCUUGCAACCACUUGGCCACAUUUGACAGAGGGGAUUGUGGUGGAUAACGAUGUGUAUUCUGACUUGGAUCCUCUUCAGGCUCCUCAUUGGUCCGUGAGAGUACGCAAGGCGGAUAACCCCCAAUGCUUGCUGGGUGAGUUCCUGCUGGAGUUCUAUAAGCUGUGCCAGCUGAAGGAGUCUACUGAGGAACUGCUGGGUAGAAGUGCCGGGGAGGAGGAGAGCAAAGAAAACGCAGACAUAAGCCACGCGCUGUCCAAACUGACCGAGCCCACGACUGUGCCCAUGUCCAAGCUCUCCGUGUCCAACAUGGUGCACAGUGCUCGCAAGCGCAUUCGUCGCCACAGGCGUGUUGACGAGUCACCCCUCAACAACGACGUCCUCAACUCCAUCCUGCUGUAUCUGUUCCCAGAUGCAGCAACAGACAAGCCUGCUGAUGCAAUCGCGGCCAAGGCCAAACAGGGGAACCCUGACAGGAAAGCAGAGCAGGAGAUGGAGCCGGAUGACUAUAACUUAUUCAACCAGUUCAAGUCUGCGCCCUCAGACAGUCUGACGCAUCGUCUGGCCCUGUGCAUCUGCAUGGUGAACUUCUACCACGGGGGCGUGCGUGCGGUGGCUCACCUCUGGCAGGAGUUUGUGCUGGAGAUGCGCUACCGCUGGGAGAACAACUACCUCGUCUACGGUCUGGCCAGUGGGACUCCGGACCUCAGGUGCUGUCUCCUCCAUCAGAAGCUACAGAUGCUGAACUGCUGCAUCGAACGCAAGAGGGCCCGAGACGACAGCCGCCAGAAGGGCGUUUCCCCCGAGGGUCCCCGGGAGCGGAAGGUGUCGGGCCCGGAGAACGGGCGCCUGCCGACGGAGAGCUCCAGCAGCCUGUCUCCCGGUGGGGCGGCGGCGGCAGCGGCCGAGGUGUCGCCCGGCAAAUCAUGGGAGUCGUGGAGCGACAGCGAGGACGAGUUCUUCGAGUGUCUGAGCGACACAGAGGAGCUGAAAGAGACGCCUGCCGAUGGGGCCAAGGAGACCGGCAAGGCCAAGCCAGAGGGCCGUCUGCAGCCCCACGGGAACCUCACCCUGCUCAACUCAGACGAGCCCCUGUACAUCCCAGUCACGCAGGAGCCUGCGCCCAUGACUGAGGACACUCUGGAGGAGCAGUCGGAGGUGUUGGCCAAACUGGGCACGUCGGCGGAGGGAGCCCACCUCCGUGCCCGUAUGCAGAGCGCUUGUCUGCUCUCUGACAUGGAGUCCUUCAAGGCGGCGAACCCCGGCUGCCACCUGGAGGACUUUGUGCGGUGGUACUCGCCCCGCGACUACGUGGAGGAGGAGGCGACGAACGAGGCCGGCCAGACGGUAGUCAAGGGCGACCUCAGUGCCCGCAUGAAGAUCCCGGGCAACAUGUGGGUGGAGGCCUGGGAGACGGCCAAGGCUACACCCGUGCGCAGGCAACGACGCCUCUUCGACGACACCAAGGAGGCCGAGAAGGUGCUACACUACCUGGCGGUGCAGAAACCAGCUGACCUCACGAGGCACCUGCUCCCCUGCCUGCUGCAUGCCGCCGUGCUCAAGGUCAAGGAGGAAGAGGCCAAGGAGGACAUCUUGUCGGUGCGUAAGGCCAUGCAGCAGAUGAUCUCCCAUGCCAGCAAGCUUCUGCGCCACCCCAGCCCUGACUACAAGAAGGUUGAGGACCUCAUUAACCAGGUCAUGGUGCUGGAGGCAGUCAUAGCCCGGGCCCGCUCCCUUAAAGCCAAGUUUGGCAUCGGGAAGAGCGAGCGAGAAGGAGAGGAGGAAGAGGAGCUGGAAAGGUUUGUCAGCUCUCUGCUGGAGGAGCCAGAGGUAGCGGUCCUGGGAGCGGGACGAGGCCCAGCCGGCACCAUCAUCCACAAGCUGUUUGUCAGCUCACAGAGGGUGGCUGACUUCAAUGAUGAGGCAGCCCUAUUGGCCCCAUUAGAGGAAGACAGCGGCCGUCCAGGCGGCGUCGAAGACAAGAAGCCUGCGUCGGCGGGCGGAAUCCCGGACUUCCCGCCCCCUGCUGGCCGCGAGGUGAUCCUGCGCACGUGUGUGCCCCGCCCGGCGCCGUACUCCAAGGCCCUGCCCCAGCGCAUGUUCUGCGUAAUGUUGCGUGAGGAGUUCCGCCUGGCUGGGGCCUUCUCAUCGGACACUUCCUUCUUCUGAGAGGUGGUGAACAUGGCCGCAACGGAAAGGGGGAGGGUGGGGAUUGGUGAGGGUGCUGUGAAGGAAAAAGGGGGCUGUGGGUGGGUGUGCUUUGGCUAUAGGAACAGGCGCGAGUCAGGAGGGUGAGCCCCACGCUGAAGGCAGUGUUGAAACAGUGGGAGUCCAGUGAGUUCUCAGCGGGAACUCGCUCACUACUUUGGGGAACCAGCCUUCGUUGUUCCGAAUCCUUCUGCUUAUGGCUUUAGCUCAUAUUGGGUUGGGUAAUCCACUCCAUGGGAGUCACGUUAGGUUAGCCGAGGAGCUAGUCCUUUUACACGAUGCACAGGUAUGCGCUUUAGUUCCACUCCAUAUUGGGCGGGGGGGGUCCUACCUUUAAUCUUACUUCAGUUAACACAAAGAAGAAAAUGUCAAAAUCACAUUAAAUGAAGCAAAUGUUUUUAAAAAAAAGUAUUUUAAAAUGCACCAAAAUCAUGCCAUUUGACUAUUGUAUUUUGUGGGACACCUAGUGCUGCUAUGACAACCAGCCCAACACUAGCCUAGUAUUUCUCUGCCUCUUCUAUUUCUGCACAUUCAUGCAAUUGUUAGCGCUUUACAAUGGGUAUACAGUCACUGGUCAGUUAUUUGUGCAUCCCACAAUAUCUCAGCCAUAAUGGUAAUUGUCUUGUCAUUUUUCCUCCAACAUCUGUGUAAAGGACCUUUGCUGCAAGUGCAAUUCUACAGGUGACUGUAUAUAUCAAAAAGAUGUUGGCACUCACAUAUUCCAGUGUAGAAAGGUGUCAUUGUCAGUGUCAUUGGUGUCUAUGAACAGUGGUGUUAAGUGCUAUUAAUAGAUAAUCUAAUUCAUUUUUAUCAAAUCAUCUUGAAGUCAGUAUGGACAAUGAGAAACUGUUGGUCAGCGUUUGACUAAUGGGGCACACAGACGCUGUGGAACUAACCAAAGUCUGUACAUGUCAGAUAAGUGCAGUAGACCUAAAUGUACUGUAGCAUAUUCUGUUUGUUUAGUACUGCUUAAUUACAGUAAAAUGAACACUUGAAAACA